AUGACGACCAUGCACGGCUACGGCAACAGCUGGUUCACCAACCUGAACAAUCUGGGGACCGAGUACAUGCAGCAACACGCGCCGAAAGAAGACGCAGCCGCGCCCAUGCACAACUACGGUGACUCAUGGUUCGAGAACCUGAACAACCAGAGGGUGCAGUACGAAUCCGCGCACCAACCCCACAACUACGGCGACGCGUGGUUCGAGAACCUCAACACCCAGAGAAUGCAGUUCGAGCAGUUCCACACACCACAACAGCAACCACACAACUACGGCGCCAUGUGGUUCGACGGCUACCAGCAGAUGUGGGAACAGUGGCAGAACUCGAAGAAGGCCGGGCAGGCCUGA